AUGGCUCAAAAAGAAAGGAUGAUCGUUCAAAAGGCUUUUGCAAUGGUCGAUAAAGUGAACGGUAAGUCCCAAAAUAUAACCCCUCCACCAUAUGUUCCCAGAGACGAGUUUGCUUCUCGUUUCAACCAAAAUUCUUACGAAUAUGGUGGUACCAAAUUUUAUACCGUAAAAGAAAGAACUAGUACUGCUAAUUGUCGCCGAGUCAUUUAUCAGUAUUCAAACGACUCCACCAUAAAAGAACCGGUUGUUUCUCACGCUACGGAACAUAUUCAACACUUUGGUGGUGCCAGUCCUCUUAUCGGCCAUGCCAACCGGUUUGAGAGGCCGAGAGGACGGGCUAUCAGCUGCGACGAGGCAGUCAAACUCUAUGGAGGAGUGCUUAUAAAGGAAUUUCGUAAUUAA